GGUAUCUAGAGCCGGCUGCCCUCUUUAAAAAUCCCCCUGUUACAGUCGGGAUAGAAAACAAAAAGCCUAAUUUACCAGGAGGCUACACAGAUUCUGCCUUCUUAGGCAAAUGCUCCACCUGCUUGGCCAAUUAGCUUCCUCUCCCGAAAGACUCGUUCAACAGGUUUCCUUUUUCUCUUCUCUGCCUCCUGGGUUGGGGAAAGAGGCUGUCACUUCGCUUCGACCCUCCCCUUCCCUCCCUCUGGGCUCUUCCACACUGGGUCGGACCAAUCGCGCCCGCUCCGACGUGUCCAGGUCCGCAGCCCAGAGAGCUUGGCGCGGCCGGGCCUGGAUGCGCGGGGCAGAGGGGACAGGGGAGGGCACGGCGCCGCUUGGUUGGCCUGCGCCCCGGGACCUAGCAGCCGGGACGAGCCGGGGGAGAGUCAGGCGCGCGGAAGUCUGAAGGUGCCCUCCAGACACGGCCCCGAUGACUGAAUUACAGCAAGAUGUGGAAGACACAAAGCCUGCGAAAGUGCUCGGGAAGAGGGAGAGCAAAGUUAGUUCAGCCCACUCAGAGGCUGAGAAUGGUGUGGAGGAGAAAAAGAAAGCCUGCAGGUCGCCAACAGCCCAAUCCCCUACCCCAUCUGUGGAGGCCGACUCCCCAGACCAGAAGAAAAUCAUUAGCUUACGGUCAAAAUCCAGUUUUGAUGGUGCCUCUUUAGCAAGUGAUAAGAACGACUGUAAAACAGAAAGCAAAAAUGACCCUAAGACUGAAAGAAAAAAGUCUUCAUCUUCCAGCCAGUACAAGGCCAAUAUGCACUUUCACAAGUUGUUUCUUAGUGUCCCAACGGAGGAACCACUGAAGCAAAGCUUUACCUGUGCUCUACAGAAAGAAAUACUAUACCAAGGAAAGCUCUUUGUAUCAGAAAACUGGAUUUGUUUUCAUUCCAAGGUCUUUGGAAAAGACACAAAGAUCUCUAUUCCAGCUUUCUCAGUAACCCUAAUAAAGAAAACCAAAACUGCUCUUCUAGUGCCAAACGCCCUGAUCAUAGCGACGGUCACAGACAGGUACAUAUUUGUCUCCUUACUCUCCAGAGAUUCAACUUACAAACUACUAAAAUCUGUGUGUGGACACUUAGAAAAUACAAGUAUUGGUAACAGUCCCAAUCCAUCUUCUGCUGAAAACAGUUUCCGAGCAGACCGCCCGUCAUCUCUGCCUCUGGAUUUCAAUGAUGAAUUCUCAGAUCUGGAUGGAGUGGUUCAACAAAGAAGGCAAGACAUGGAAGGAUACAGCAGUUCUGGUUCUCAAACUCCUGAAUCUGAGAACUCUCGAGUAGAUUUCCAUGUGACAGAAUCCCAAACAGUUCUGAAUGUCUCCAAGGGAGAAGCAAAGCCAACUCGGGCAGAUGCCCAUGUGAACAGAGUACCUGAAGGAAAAGCCAAGAGUCUCCCUGCACAGGGUCUGUCAGAAACUGUUGGAAUCUUACAUAAAGCCAAGUCUCAGAAAUGUCCAAUGCUUCACCAUAUUCUUAUAUUCUAUGCAAUUGUUGUCUGUGCACUAAUCAUCUCCACCUUCUAUAUGAGAUAUAGAAUUAAUACUCUGGAGGAGCAGCUGGGGUUACUAACCUCCAUUGUGGACACCCAUAAUACUGAACAGGCAGCACCAUCUGGCCUGGGAUCACAAGUACAAUUCAAUGUGGAGGUUCUCUGUCAAGAGCUUACAGCUAACAUAGUGAAAUUAGAAAAGAUACAAAGUAACUUACAGAAGCUGCUUGAGAAUGGUGACUGAUCAACCAGAUUGCUUGGACCAUCAGAAUACCUCAUGUUUCCCCUUUGAAGAAGGUGCUUCCCGGGGCGUUUUGUUUGAGUGCGCCCUGCUGGUCAGAGGCGCAAACAGAUGAGAAUCCAGACAUUGCAUGUGGAGGUCUCCAGUUCAGGAAAGUGGGGAGGGACAUAAUUUUGGUUCUUGUGCAAUAAAAGUUGACCUUGACUCUCUGAGGAAGAUUUUGCUGCUGCUGCCUGAAGAAAACAGACCCAUCUCUGGAGGUCUCAGGAAGGGCCCAGCGGACACACUCUUGGAUAAUUACCGUAACGGCAUCAGCAAACACUCCACCCUGUACCUUGUUCGUCCUUCCCGCCCUCCUGCCUCUCCCUUACACCCUUCUUAACGACUUUCAAACUAAAGGAUACAUCGUGUACCGACGAGCUCAAUGUGGUCCUUUCAAGAAUUAGCCAUAAGUCUCAGAAAGGCAAUAAAUGGCUCUCAGUGGACAGGUUUGCUUCAAACAAGUAACAUCUACAUUUUGUCUUUUUUUUUUUUUUUUUAGUCCUCCUGUUAUGUUCUGGUUUAAAUCACCUGUGUAUCUUAAUUUCUCAAUUCCUUUUUGGCAAGAAUAUCAAGCAAGGUGGAUUUAACAUUCCAUUUAUGUUUUGUUUUGUUGCUGUAACUAAUAGUUAAUUGGACUGGUCAAGAAUCUGUGAGGCAUGUGACUGAAGUACUAAAUUAAACUUAUUUUGAAACCAAACCUAAUUUUUAAGCCAAAAGGUAUAUAGUGAUUUAAUACAGGAUGAAAAACAAUGAAUUUUUAAGACCGUAGGUGGACCAUGAUAGUAGUUUGGAAACAGGAUGUCUGUAUUCAGCAUUCAAUAAUGCUAAAAUCCAUUUCAGCAUGAAAUUUGUAUGUUUUUAUCUUUUGCUGACUAAAAUAAAAUAACUGGUGGUAUGCUAUUUACCAUAUGGGUUGGCUGGUUUUUAUUAAUAAUUGUUUAGGGUAUCAUAAGAUCUGUAAGUAUAAAGGAUAUUCUGUUUCUAUCCACAAUGCAUUUGAUAAUCAUUUCUAUGAAAUGUAUUUUAUUUAAUCAGAUAAGCUAAUAAGUGAAUUGGUUACAUCGUUUGUGUCUGUUAGCCUAGUGGACAGCUGUGCCUGGUGCACCUCUGGCUUUUAAUAAAUACUCAUUGGUUGAAACGCCCUGCUAACACUGUGUUUUGUCAGUUGGUAAAUUCUUUUAACCAAGACUUACUAUGCUUUUUAACUUGUUUUCCACCUGCCAUCUACUGCUUCCAACUCACUUAUACUUCCUUCCUCCCAAGUAUUCAUUUCAAAACUGAUAAAGGAAUUUAAGUUCUUGGGUUACAAUGGUUUAAAGGAAAGAAAAUGAACUUUGAAGU